GAUUAUCAUAUCGCUCUGUAUAAAAAAUGACACGCACAAAUCAGAAACUACUGUAGGAAAAUAAUAAUAAUAAUAGUAAUAAAGUUUGAUAAAAUACUAGUACACCUAUAGUAUAGUGUACACGAAAUCCUGCAAAUUUCCCAUCUGGCGAAUUCAAUGCCCUCGGCGCCCAUGGACAAUUAAAAGUUCGUUGGGGUAGUUGCACUUCCCCAAUCCCCCUCCUUUCCUUCUUCCCUCUCUUCCCUUUAAAUUCUUCACUUCCCCUCCAAAUUUUUGCAUAACCCAUCCCUAAAAUCUCUUCCCCAUUUCCUUUUUGUAUCAAAAUCCCAAAAAUCCCUUUUUGGUGUCUCUGUUUUGGAAUACUUUCUUCUUCUAGCUAAUCUACCACACUUACUUUUGUGUUGGCAACAUCAAUUUCUUUGAUUUUGGGAAAUUCUUGCUUCCUGAGCUUGUGGGUUUUUCCUAUUUUCUUGAAGGAAAGCCAAAAAAAAAAAAAAAUGGAGAAUGGUGAAAGUAGAAGAGUUGUUUCAGUUGAGACAGAGGAUGGAAGAAGGAGGAAUAAGCUUCCCAAUUUUCUUCUCUCUGUUAAGCUCAAAUAUGUAAAACUUGGGUACCAUUACUUAAUCACCCACGCCAUGUAUUUGUUGUUGAUUCCACUUUUAGGGGUUGUUUCAGUUCAUCUGUCAACAGUUACUGUGGAAGAUUUAGUCUUGUUAUGGGAGCAGCUGAGAUUCAAUCUUGUUACAGUAAUCCUCUGUUCUGCGCUUUUGGUUUUUCUGGGUACUCUGUAUUUCAUGACCCGGCCAAGGAAAGUUUAUUUGGUUGAUUUUGCAUGUUAUAAGCCUGGGACUGAAGUAAUGUGUCCGAAGGAACUUUUCAUGGAGAGAUCAAAACAAGCUGGGAUUUUCAGUGAAGAGAAUUUGGCGUUUCAGAAGAAGAUUUUGGAGAGGUCUGGUUUGGGGCAGAAGACUUAUUUCCCUGAAGCUCUGUUGCAAGUUCCUGCAAACCCUUCAAUGGCUGAAGCUAGGAAAGAAGCUGAGAUGGUUAUGUUUGGUGCCAUUGAUCAGUUAUUGCAGAAAACAGGGGUGAAAGCCAAAGAUAUUGGGAUUCUUGUGGUGAAUUGCAGCUUGUUCUGUCCAACUCCAUCUCUUUCUGCCAUGAUUGUGAAUCAUUACAAGCUCAGGGGAAAUAUUUUGAGCUAUAAUCUUGGUGGCAUGGGUUGUAGUGCUGGACUCAUCUCCAUAGAUCUUGCCAAACAGCUUCUUCAGGUACAGCCAAACUCAUAUGCAUUGGUAGUGAGCAUGGAGAACAUCACAUUGAAUUGGUACUUUGGAAACAACAGAUCAAUGCUGGUUUCAAAUUGCAUUUUCAGAAUGGGAGGAGCUGCAAUUCUGCUAUCCAACAAAUCAUCGGAUCGUAGGAGAUCAAAGUAUCAGCUAAUCCACACGGUCAGAACCCACAAAGGCGCAGAUGACAGGAGCUAUGGCUGUGUUUUCCAGGAGGAAGACGAAAACAAGAAAAUCGGCGUAGCCCUUUCGAAAGAUCUCAUGGCUGUUGCAGGGGAAGCAUUGAAAACCAACAUCACAACAUUAGGACCAUUAGUCCUACCAAUGUCAGAACAACUCUUGUUCUUCCUUACUUUAGUUGGGAGAAAGGUUUUCAACAUGAAAAUCAAGCCUUAUAUUCCCGAUUUCAAACUCGCAUUCGAGCAUUUCUGCAUCCAUGCUGGAGGCAGAGCUGUGUUGGAUGAAAUUGAGAAGAAUUUGAGCCUAAGUGAAUGGCAUAUGGAACCAUCAAGAAUGACACUUUACAGAUUUGGCAACACUUCAAGCAGUUCAUUGUGGUAUGAAUUGGCUUACAGUGAAGCUAAGGGAAGAAUCAGAAAGGGAGAUCGGACAUGGCAGAUCGCUUUCGGGUCGGGUUUUAAGUGUAACAGUGCAGUUUGGAAGGCAUUGAAGACCAUCAAUCCAGCUAAAGAGAAGAAUCCAUGGAUGGAUGAAAUUAAUGAGUUUCCAGUUGAAGUUCCUCGAGUUGCAACGUUGGCUUCCUGAAUAUUUUGUCGGGAGACAAAAAUUAUUUGAUUUCUCAUAGGUUAGUUUUAAUUUUAAAAGAAAUUUGGAGAAUGUAAGUUUGAUAAAAAUUUCCAAGUGUUACAAUUUUUUUUGAUCCACUGAUUUAUUUAUUUUAAUGUAGAUGUGAUUAAAUCUUGUUGAGUUGUGAUACAGCUUUCUUAAUUCUUUUGUCCUAAGUUCAACGCUUUGUUAGUAUAUACUAAUCUUAUCGUGUCUUAUCAGUGAAAUAAUAUAAUCUAACUCGUUUUUUAUUUAUUAUAACCCAACCCAAACUCGAGUUCAAAAUGCAUGAACGCUAAGUUAAUAACUGGGACACAAAAAGGAAGAUUGUCUUCUUAACGUAAAAUGUUGCCAAACACGAGCUAAUACAAUUAGG